AUGGUCUUUGGAUUAAGUGGAGUCUUGACCACGGCCAAAGGAUCAAUCAAACCUAAAGUCGAGUCGGGAUCGGUGUCCCGUCAAGUUAAGACAAACUUCAAAUUCGUGGUGUUCGAUAGCCUAUCGCCUUAUGACGCUAUCAUGGGACAACCUCUGAUAUUCAGCCUGAAGGUAGCAGUGUCCCUAUACCACUAUUCAAUUAAAUUUCCCACACCCUAUAGUGUGGGUGAAGUAAAAGGAAAUAGGGAACUCAUCGAGAGGUAUAAACUGAAAGCCUACGUCGACGAUCAAUGCAACCUUCUAGGAGUGUAUAUGGCUCAUGUAGAAGAUCCCGAGCUCAGUUCACUAGACGCACGGUUCAAAAUUGAAGGAGGAGAACCCAUAGAAGAACUGGAUGAAGUCCAAAUAGAACCUCGAUGUCUUCGCCUGGAACCAUGGAGACAUGGGGGGAUAGACGCCAACAUUGCAUGCCACAAAUUGCAAGUGGAUCCCUCAGUUCGUCCAAAGCAACAAAAACGACGACCUCUAAAUCCCGAAAGAUAUGAGGUGCUCAACAAGGAGGUACAAAAACUAUUGCGCAAUGGUUUUCUUCGAGAGGCAAAGUAUUCCAAGUGGGCCGCAAAUCCGGUUCUUGUAAAAAAAUACAAUAAAGAUUGGAAGGUAUGCAUAGAUUUCACCGACCUCAAUAAAGCAUACCCUAAAGAUAGCUUCUCCCUACCAAGAAUAGAUCAAAUGGUAGACGCCACUGAGGGGUACAAAUUACUCAACUUCAUAGACGCGUACUCUGGAUACAAUCAGAUACCGAUGUACGGACUAGAUCAGGAACAUACCUCGUUUGUCAUUGACCGAGGUCUCUAUUGCUACAGGGUAAUGUCAUUUGGUCUCAAAAAAUGCUGGGGCCACCUAUCAAUGACUUGUGAAUUCCAUGUUCUCCCAACAGAUCGGAAAAAUAAUGGAAGUAUAUGUUGA